GAGGAAACUUCUGGUCCAAUGCAAACAAAGAAAUAAUUUCUGGAAGAAUUUCUUCUCGAGAUCAUGCCAGUCCCAAAGCUUCAAGACCUCAGAAGAAGGUAUCUGAGAAGGUACAAGGUCCAGAGAAGAAAGUAGCAGAGUUAAUUACGUCUUCUGUUAGGAAGAAGAAACCUGGCAGCACAAUCCCAAAGAAAAAUGAAGUGUCUGUUCAGGCUACGAAUUUAAAUGCUAGGUAUGGCUUGGCACAUCAUGAUGCUUCUGAUGCUUGUCUGGGAUUUGAUGCGGUUAAUGGUGUUCAUGUAGAUCAUACGGGCACUGAUCACCGUACUAUAUUUUCUCCAGGCUUCCACAUACCUAAGAAUUGCAGAGCUGAGAUUGCAUGCGCAGAGGUUGAUAUGGAUGCUCAUACUGGAGAAACUCUUAAGUCUACUUCUGUAGAGGAAAUGCUUGUUGCGGACACGAAUCCUGUGAUUUGUACCACAGAUUCUGGAGCUGUCCUUUCAUCUGAAGUUUCAGCCAUAUACAUGGCCAUGAAGAACUCGAAAUUGGAAUGUAUUGAUGAGCAUGGUCAAGAUUCUAUGUCAAUUGAUGUCUGUGUGGAGGAUGAAUACUAUGAGGAAUUUGACGACUUUGAUCCUUAUUUGUUUAUAAAGAACUUACCUGAGUUGUCAUCUGUUGUUCCUGCAUUUCGGCCUGUGCUGCUACCCAAGCAGACCCGAAGUUGCCCACCUACGACUCUAGUCUUGGACUUGGAUGAGACUUUGGUUCAUUCUUCACUAGAACCUUGUGACGAUGCAGACUUCACAUUCCCUGUAAAUUUUAAUCUCCAGGAACACACUGUGUAUGUUAGAUGCCGUCCUCACCUAAGAGAUUUUAUGGAACGAGUUUCCAGUCUUUUUGAGAUAAUUAUAUUUACAGCAAGCCAAAGCAUAUAUGCCGAGCAACUUCUAAAUGUGCUUGAUCCAAAGAGGAGAGUAUUUCGCCAUCGUGUUUUUCGAGAAUCAUGUGUUUUGGUGGAUGGCAAUUACCUCAAGGAUUUGUCAGUCCUUGGUCGUGAUCUGGCACAUGUAAUCAUUAUCGACAACUCUCCGCAGGCAUUUGGGUUCCAAGUGGACAACGGAAUUCCAAUCGAGAGCUGGUUUGACGACCGUUCAGACCGAGAACUACUUUCACUACUUCCGUUUUUGGAGAGCUUGGUUGGAGUCGAAGAUGUGAGGCCAUUGAUAGCGAAGAAAUUCAAUCUUCGGGAGAAAAUAGUCACAGCUGUUUAUCCUACUUCAAAUUUGAGCAGAGGAGACCCUUUUGAAAGGUGAGCUUUAUCACGAAACUGAACUGCAACCGCAAGCUAUAUAGUUUUGAAUAGGGAUUGAUUUCGAUCCUCUACCGUAGACAGUUAUAACCAUUCUCUUUGUUUAUGGCCCGAGCCUAACUCCAACUCCAACUCGGAGGAUCUUUGAACGAGUCGAUCAAAUGACUCAAAAUCAAAAGUGUGGGAUUCCAAAUAGAAAAAAGAGGGAGAGAAAUAAGUCGAGGUGUAGUCAUGUGUUUGGAGUUUGGACAGUCUGAAAAAGAUUUAACGUAGGCGAAAGUGCAACUCUUAUUCAGAUUGAAUGAUGUUAGCGUAGAAAAAUAUAUAUUAUAGAGUUGUGUGGAUUUAAUAUUCGA